GAAGCCGCUUUACGAAGACAGACGAACUUCGACGGCUCUCACCCAAGCUGCGUAGAUAAUAAAAGCAUGGACCUUCACAUAAAGCAGCUUUCACUUCUGUAUCUGGCACUGCACUGCUCUUUAUGGAAGACUUCGUUGAAUGUCUCCGUGCAGCAGGGGAAAAAUGUCACACUGAGUUGUCCACUGACUCCCAACAGCAGCAAAGGCGUUUUGAGCUGGUAUAAACAGAGUCCACGGCACGGGCCACAGCUGAUUCUCUCCUACAAUAUUACCAACACUUCACAAGUGCGCUACGGCACGGGACAGGACCACAGCAGAUACACCGUCUCAGCCAGCGAAGGGUUAAACCCUCGUCACCUCUUACAAAUAACCACAACUUUUAGAAAUGACACUGGAACUUAUUACUGCAGCUUUUCAGACAAAAAAGAUCCACGAAUGUUUGCAGACUGAAUGCAUACGCCGUAUUAUAUAUUGUGUUUUAGAUACAAACUGAUCUUAAAUGCAUCUUUGCGCAAAUGGACUUUAUUAACGGAACAUAAUAAACGUUUACGAACUAUACCGUGCGUUCUGUUUUACAUCAUGAAAGCUAUCUUUUUAAUGUUGAAAAAUUUCUGGCUCGCAUUGCAAAACUUGCAAACUUUGCUCUAAUUGGAUUAGUUGGCUCCCAGGAGAUCUGUGCAGAAGUGCUGGCGGUGUUGUGAUAGAAUGAGCAUCUGUCUCUGCCAGUAAACCAACGGCUCUUUCCUGUUUUUAUGUCCCUCUUAAACGAAUAACAGUCAUAUAUGUUUUUAGCACACGGAUACUUUAUGGUGUAUAACAGAAAGGAUAAAGAAUAUAUUCUUCUCAGCAUAUCUUGGGAAAAAAUAUUAAUAAAAAGAAAUAGAAUUUGUGUGCUUGCUUAUUGUCUGUAC